AUGGAAGUGGAGAAGGGUCGGCGUCGGUCCAGGGGUAUGAGCACCCUUGAAAAGUGUCUGAUAGUUCUCUUUGUGCUGAUGACCGGUGCCUGCAUUGCCCUUUUAGUCCUCUACUUCAUUGACAAAGAUGACUCUGCAGAAGUUCCAAACUCAGGGUGUGAUGGUCCUCAGCUGCUGACUGGAGAUUCAGGCACCUUCGCCAGCCAUAACUUUCCCAUUGCCUACGACAAUGGCCAGACCUGCACCUGGCACAUCACUGUGGACCCUGACAAGGUGAUCUACCUGCAUUUUGAGGACUUCGCUAUUGAGGACACCCAGCUGUGCACAGGAGACUUCAUCCUACUGCAAGACUCUCUGGGAAUCAUCGGUAAAUACUGUGGACACACCCAACCGAAGCCGAUAGUGUCGCUCACAAACCAGCUGACGGUGCACUUCGACAGCAAUGGCGAAACAACAGACCACGGAUUCAAGGCCUUUUACAGAGCUGUGGAUCCAGGGCUCACAUCAGAAAUGGUCGGAGCUGGUGGCUUUCUCCAAGGUGACCAGGGGGACCUGAUGACCCUCGACUAUCCAGCGCAGGACUACCAGAAUGGAGCACUAUACCAGUGGAGGAUCACGGUGCCUGAAGGCGAGAGGGUUCGUCUGACAUUUACCUCCUUUGACCUGGUCCCUGAGGCCUGUGGAGACUUUGUUCAGGUGUAUGAUGGCUACAGGGCUGACUCUUCUUUAUUAGGUAAAUUCUGUGGGGGGACGAUACCAAAUCCAGUGGAGUCCAGUGGCAACACAAUGGUGGUCCGCUUCCAGUCGGACAACAGCUUGACCUCUAAAGGAUUCAGAGCAGUUUACACCUUAUCCAGCCAUCCACCUGUUACACCUACACCCAGCACACCUGGUGGUACAGUGAUCCUCAAUGGGCGAAAAGGAGUGAUCACGUCCCCGGGUUUCCCAAAUCCAUAUCCUCCUCAUCUGAAGAGCUCCUGGAAGAUAUCUGUGCCCAGUGGGCAGCUGGUCAAACUGGAGAUCACUGACAUGGCCAUCCCAGGAGAGAUCGGGAAAUGCAAGCAGGACAAACUGAUCAUCUCAGACGACUACGGCACACUAGGCACACACUGUGGCUACAUGGUCCCCCCAGUGGUGGUCAGUGCCAGUGACACAAUAUAUGUCACAUUCGAGACCGACAGUCUGCUCACAGAUCAGGGAUUUUCUGCCACGUGGACGGCUGUGCAUCCUGAAGAUAUCGGAGAAAUCCAGGGCUGUGGCUUCUCUUCCAAAGAGGAAACAGGGAUUGUCAAGUCCCAGAACUGGCCCAUGAACUACAAGGCCAACGCUGAGUGCAUGUGGAACAUCGCUGUGCCUGCGGGGAAGAACAUCACACUGACGUUCACCCACUUUGACCUUGAGGGCAAAGAGUUCCUGACGCCCAACUGCUACGAUAACGUGAUGGUGUAUGACAUCGAUGGUGCGACUAAUGCGCUGAUUCUAGAUUACGGUCCGUUUUGUGGGACUGAGCUGCCACCCAGCGUGCACACAACAGGCAACAGGCUGGUGAUUCGCUUCCACACAGACUUGUUUACUGAGGCCAAAGGCUUCAGGGCUUACUGGACAACAGACUCCAGUCUGCCUGCUCCCACUGAUCCGCCUGCUCAGCCCAACCCCUGGGACGACAUCCCCAUAGACUGGCCCACAACAUGUGGGAUACCAGCCAUUCCUCCCACCGUUGUGUCGCGCAUUGUGAACGGGGAGCCAGCUACGCCACAUUCCUGGCCCUGGCAAGUGUCCAUGCAGGUCUGGCCGGACAGUCGUCCACUCCCCACAUUCUUCCAUACCUGCGGUGGUACUCUUAUUCAUAAGAACUGGGUACUUACAGCAGCCCACUGCUUCAUAAAGUAUGCCGAUGAGCUGCAACGUUGGCGCAUGUGCCUUGGCAAAAACAACCUGACCUACACAGAGCAGAGCGAACGCUGCUUCAGAGUGUCUGGUAUCUAUCGCCACGAGCAUUUCAAGUAUCCCACAGUGCCCACGGUGGAGUUCGACAUUGCCCUGGUCAGGUUGGACAGAGAUGUGGAAACCAGUCCUGAGAUCUCAUACGCCUGCCUUCCCACCGAGGACAAACCGUUACCUGGCGGAAAGAAGUGCUACGCCACCGGCUGGGGAGAUGAGACCGGGAAUUCACUGGAUCCUAAAGUUGCAGAGACCCUUAACCAGGUCGCUCUGCCCGUUGUGCCAUAUGAAACCUGCAAGAGGAUGGAUUACUGGUGGUUCCAGGUCAAGACCUCCAUGAUCUGCUGUGGUUAUAAAGAGCCUGACGAGCUCAAGUCUGUCUGUCAGGGAGAUUCAGGGGGUCCUCUGGUGUGCCAGGACGCCCCCAAUGGUACCUGGACAGUUCACGGCAUAACCAGUUUCGGCCCAGUUGGAUGCAUUAUGAAUAAGAAGCCCUCCGUGUUCACCCGCUCCUCUGCUUACCUCCCCUGGAUCGAAAAUGUCAUCCGCAGGGACAUGUACAAUGAGCACACAUCUGGCUGUGGAGGGCCAAAGGUAUUGGAAGGCACAGAAGGCACGGUGUCCUCUAUGGGUUUCCCUGGUGGCUACAGCAACAAAGCCAGCUGCCAGUGGACCAUCAAGGUGUCUCCCGGCAAACUGGUCCACCUCCAUUUCCGGAAUUUCUCCCUGGAGGACAGUCAGCUGUGCAUGAACGACAAAGUCAGCCUCUCAGACGGACUAGGAGCUCUAGGCACACACUGCGGCCAUACAUCCCCUGCAGACCUGGUGAGCGAUGGAAACACACUCCACAUCAAAUUCUCCUCCAAUGACAAGGUGGUGGACUCGGGCUUCAGCGCCACCUGGAGGGCAGUCGACCCUGGAGCAGCUGCUCCUUGUGGAGGCAGCUUCAGCAGCAACAUGGGUGAAAUCAUGUCUCCUAACUGGCCCAGUGACUACCAGGCCAAGUCUGUGUGCACAUGGCACAUCACCAUUCCUUCAGCAAAAAAUGUCACUGUAGCCUUCACUCACUUUGAACUGCAGGCCGUAAACAUAUUGGGAAGGUGCCUGGACUAUGUGGAGGUCUUCGACGGACAAAGCAUGACAUCAAAAGGUCGUUUCUGCGGCUUCAGCCCCCCACCCGCCGUCACCAUCUCUUCCAACACAGUCGUCAUUCGCUUCCUGAGUAACGGAGACAAUCAACAGAGCGGUUUCCGUGGCUACUGGACCACUGAUCCCAGUUUAUUCCCGACUUUACCUUCUCCAACUCGUAACCCAUGGGACGACAUCGUCAUCGACUGGCCACAGAAUUGUGGAAAGCCGGCGGUGAAACCCAACACAACCACCGCGAGGGUGGUUAAUGGGGUAGAGGCGACCCCCCAUUCCUGGCCCUGGCAAGUCUCCAUGCAGGCCUCACUACUGCCGUCCAUACCUUACAUGCAUGGUUGUGGAGGUUCUUUGAUUCACAAAGAAUGGAUCCUAACUGCUGCUCACUGCUUCAUGUUCCCAAUGAGCAGACCCACCAUGUGGCGCAUGUGUCUGGGUAAGCACUACAUGAACUCCUCCAUGGACGUUCCCUCUACAGAGCAAUGCUACAAGGUGGACGACAUCAUCCGCCACGAGGGGUUCGUGUACCAGGAGGACCGCAAUGACAUCACCAACGACAUAGCCCUGGUGCAUCUGGCCGAGCCCGUCAACAUGACGGCGGAGAUCAGCCCCAUCUGUCUGCCCACACCCGGGGCUAUAAUGGCUGCUGGGACACCCUGCUUUGUCACCGGCUGGGGAGACGAGAAAGGUAACCUGAUCCCGGUAGUGUCCGAGAAGCUAAAUCAGGCGGCCCUUCCAAUUAUUGACUUCCAGACCUGCAGUAAACCUGCUUACUGGUGGGACACCCUCAGACCCUCCAUGAUCUGUGCUGGCUACGGGUCCCCAGAUGAGCUGAAGUCCGCCUGCCAGGGUGACUCCGGGGGUCCUUUUGCCUGCGAGCUCCCUGGAAUGACCCCGACCUGGGAGGUGCAUGGCAUCGUCAGCUUCGGACCUAAGGGCUGCAUCAAAGACAAGAAACCCUCCGUGUUCACCCGCGUCUCUGCCUUCAGUGACUGGAUCAACAACAACAUCAGGAGGUUUAUGUAUGAAAAUAGCAAAACCAACUAAAGCCCUUCUUUGAAAUAAAGAGCCUGAUUUUUUCAUGCUAUUUUCUGUUCUCCUACUAAAGACCAACUCAUUGUGUUUUUGUUUUUUUUAAAUCUUGGAUUUGAAGUAUAAUGCUCACUGAUACUAUCGAGCAAUGAGGCAUCUUUUUAUUUAAUAAUAUAUCUGGUAUUUAAUAUAUUUUUACAGCAAAGAAGUUCAAGAAAAAUUGCACCAAAAAUUUUAAGGGAAUACAGAAAAUACAUCAACAAACAAUUCUGCUAUUGUGGAUUGAAGCCAUGAACUUUGCAUGGAAUUUUUCUAUGCAAGUAUUUUAUGAUGCUUUCCUAUCAGAUGUUUAAAUGUACAUUUUUAGUGUUUAAUUUCAAUAUAAUUACACGUAUUGUAAAUUACAAGAAAUAAAGAUGUUAUAUGCAAUACAAUA